AUGGACCAGUACCCGCGAGCAGCCGAUCGUGACCAGCCCGUCGGCGCUGCCUCCGAGAAGUCGAGCCGGCUCCUGAUCCGCGAGUACCCUCACCGAGCCAUCGCUAUAGCAACCUCGUCGCAUGCCUUGAUCUUCCGAUACAGCCCCACCACCAACGAGGCCAUCGCCGAUGGCUCCCUGGCCGCCGUGCCCUCGGCGCGCUCCCGAGCCGGCAGCGAAGGGCUCGUCUCCAAGUGCAUGGUCGAAUUCUCCCCCAUCACCAAGGAUCUGCUGGACGAUUUCCGACCCUUGACCCCUCGCCCGGUAUACGGGACUCUGGGCCUCAUCUCCAUCAGCCAGGAUGUCUUCAUAUGCAUCGUCACCCAGGCGAAUCGGGUCGCCUCCCUCCGGCCGGGCGAGACGGUGGAGAGAAUCGCCAGCGUCGACUUUUACUGCUUGAACAGCGCCGAAUACGACAAUGUAUACGCUUCCAACACCUGGGACAACGAGUUCUCCGACUCGGCAGCUCCCUACGGCCAGAACCUAAAUCGGAGGGAGGGCGAGAUGGAGUACCCGUACCAGGAGCUGCAGAAGCUGUUGAGCAACGGGAGCUUCUACUACAGCACGGAUUUUGAUUUGACAAAUCGCCUCCAAGACAGGCCGGUCGACUCCGAUACUUUUGAUAUUGACAAUUUCGACGACUCCUUCCUGUGGAACUCUUUCAUGAUCAACCCCCUAGUCCAGUUCAGAUCGCGCCUCCUAUUGCACGAGAGAGAAGCGCUGGAUGCUUCCAGGAUCCUGACUUCAGCCAUUCGAGGUUUCUGCUCCACAUUGACGAUACCCCAGGCGGCAGCACCCAUGCGAGCCGCCAAAUCAGGUCUUCCUUCAUUUCUCACGGUGAUAUCACGUUUGUCGUGCAAGAGAGCAGGCACACGCUUCAACAGCAGAGGCAUCGACGACGACGGGCAUGUGGCCAACUUUGUUGAGACCGAGACUAUCUACUGGAGUCCUUCGGGGGUUCUUUUCUCGUAUGCCCAAGUUCGUGGCUCUGUGCCCGUGUUCUGGGAACAAUCUGCUGGUCUCAUUCCGGGCCAACAGAAGAUAACCAUUACUCGUUCUGCUGAUGGUACCCAGCCAGCCUUCAACAAGCACUUCGAAGAACUGGAACAGUCUUACGGUGCUGUCCAUAUUGUUAACCUCCUCAGCGCCUCGAAACCAGGAGAGGUGGAGCUCACGCAACUGUAUCAUUAUGGCGUACAACACUGUUCUCUGUGCCAGAACGAGGAGAAAGGAUCGCAAGACCACAACUUGUUGCGUGAAACAGAUUAUGACUUUCAUGCAGAGACCAAGUCCCUUGGUUACGAAGCGGCCAAGGACAUACGACGGUACAUUGAACAUUCGGCAGACGGGUUUGCAUAUUACCUUGCGGAAGAGACGGAUGACUCAGCAGAUGCUUCGCACGAGCAUAAGACGAAUAACCGGAUGGUUGUGGUUCUUCAGCAAGAAGGAGUGUUCCGAACGAACUGCCUCGACUGUCUGGACCGGACAAACCUGAUACAGUCAAUUAUCUCACAGAUGGCUGUUGAGUCCUUCUUGAGCCAUCGAGCAGAAUAUGCCGCUUCGGAUUUCUGGAUGCGCCAUUCCACACUUUGGGCCGACAAUGGAGAUGCGCUUUCUAGAAUAUAUGCUGGAACCGGUGCUUUGAAGACCUCAUUCACAAGACAUGGUAAAAUGUCACUGGCUGGCGCUUUCGCAGACGCGAGGAAAAGUGCAACCAGAUUGUACAUCAACAACUUUGCCGACAAGUCACGGCAAAACACUAUCGACAUGCUCCUGGGGAGAUUGGUGGGGCAGGCCCCCGUUCAUCUAUUCGAUCCAAUUAGCGACUAUGUGACGGCCGAACUAUCUAGGCGCGGAGCUGAGUUUUCGUCAACCGAGUCAAUUAACAUCUGGGUUGGCACGUUCAACCUCAACGGCAAGACUAACGGUAUCAACGAAGACUUGUCUCCGUGGUUACACCCAGGCGGACUGGGCACUACCCAGCCUGAAAUUGUUGCUGUGGGUUUCCAGGAAAUCGUCGAGUUGAGUGCCCAGCAAAUCAUGAACAGCGAUCCGACUAGGAAGCAGGAGUGGGAAAGGGCUAUCAAGAGAUGCCUUAAUGAGCGCGCGAAGCAGAUAGGGGGCGACAAAUACGUCCUUCUUCGGAGUGGACAGCUCGUUGGGGCCGCCCUCUGCAUUUUUGUCAAGUCUUCCGUCCUGUCGAAAAUCAAGAACGUAGAAGGGAGUGUCAAGAAGACGGGCAUGUCUGGCAUAGCGGGAAACAAAGGUGCCGUGGCAAUACGGUUUGAGUACGCCAGUACACAACUGUGUUUCGUUACAGCACAUUUGGCGGCUGGAUUUGCAAACUACGAGGAGAGGAACCGGGACUACGCCACCAUCCACCACGGUCUCCGCUUCCAGCGUAAUAGAGGAAUUGACAAUCACGACACGGUCAUCUGGAUGGGAGACUUCAACUACCGUAUUGGCCUAAGCCACGACAGGGCUAUGGAUUUAGUACAGCAACAAGACCUGGCGAAGCUGUAUGAGAACGACCAGUUGAACCUCCAGAUGGUUGCCGGCCUGUCUUUUCCGUUCUACUCUGAAGCUCGUAUCACGUUCAUGCCCACCUACAAGUUCGACAUUGGCACUGACAGAUACGAUACCUCUGAGAAAGCACGUAUACCAGCAUGGACGGACAGAAUUCUGCGGAAAGGAACCAACAUAAGACAACUGGCCUACAACUCAGCACCAUUAAAGUUUUCCGACCAUCGACCGGUGUUCGCAACCUUUCAGUGCACCGUCAACAUCAUUGAUGAGACUCUGCGAGAGGAGAUUAGUCAUCAACUGUACGGACGGCGUAAGGCAGAAAUUGGCCAGACAGGGGCAGGCCUGGAUCUUGACGAGUCGGACGAGGAAGACCUCAUUGGCUACGACGCUAUAGAGCCUGGUCUACCCCCAGCCAGUUCAGAUCGUCAAAGAUGGUGGCUUGAUAAUGGCAAGAUGGCCCAGUCCGGGAUCUCUCCACCCAAAGCCAAUGGCAGCUCAACUGUCAUCUUGAAUCCGAGUCGACCUUCCAACCCUUUUACACCCUCCGAUGAGCCGGAUUGGGUCGCCGUUCCCCGAGCUGGCUCGAGACUGGGAUCCUUCUCGAGUAUGUCUAGUUCGCCGUACGAGCACAUCAACCACUCUACACUGCUUUCUACCUCGGCGUCAAGCUCAGCGCCAAGGAAGUUACCGCCGCCAUUCGAUCCUGGAAAUAUGCCCGCUAAGAUCGGGAGAAUCAAUCUGAUGGAUGAGCCCAUUAGCGGGCAAACGUCGAGGAAUGAUACACCCCCGCCACCUCCACCAAGGCGCCAAACCGGCAUGAGCUCAGCAGAAACAACACCCAGAGCUAUACCGGCCAACACGCGGGUGUCUAAACCCGCACCGCCUCCACCGCAACAGCGACGCAUGUCAGUGACUUCACAGACAUCGAACAAGUCCAAGGCACCUCCGCCAGUAGCAAAGAAGCCAGCACAUCUUACAUCGCCCAUUACAAGUCCCUCGGCCAAACCGAUCGACCAGUUCGAUGACCCGGCAUUCAGGCCAACCCUCCCCACGCGAGUUUCAACCAACGUGCAAACUCUUUCAUCGCAGCUGGCUAGAAGCGGCUCCGGAAGCUUGACGGGCGGGAUGCACAAACCUUCGCCACCGCCUCCCCAACCCAAGCGGGUCGGGACGCUCCCUGCGAGCGGUGGAUUCGGGCGGGCAUCCUCUAGUGGCGGAGUGAGCCUCCCGGGCCUAGGUGAACGGAAGCCGGCGUUGCCUACACGUCCUGCGCAGCAGCAAUCUCUUGGGCAGCCUCAAAUUAACCCACAGCAUAAGAUAGCGAGGAAGCCGGUGGUGGAUCUUUUGGGCGAUGAUGACAGCACGGGCGACAUGCAUGGUUGGGAGACCUUACGCCCUAGUUAG